AUGGAUACUGGCGAGCUUGCAUGUGGUGAUAAAAAUAAUAUUCUUUCAAUUUCACCAAGGCAAAUGAAAGUGGACGAAAAAAAGGAUGAAGCACUUGAGAACAGUUCAAUUGAUAUUAACAACAGUGCUAAAGCAAAUACAAAAACAAUUAACCACAAUGUUGUUACUCCAAAGUUAAUUGAAGAUAAUGAAGUUAAAUUAAAGGAAAGAAUUGCUCAGUGCAGAAGUAUCAUUGAAUCUUUAAAAUGUGAGCUUAAUAAAGAGAAGUUUAAACUAGAAAAGGAAAGUAUACCAUUUGAAUCAGAAACAUCUAAAACUAGUUCCCGGGUUCCAGCCUUUGAUGACGAAUUAAAUUCAGAUAGAUACACAAAGGAUUUAUUACUUGAACGAAAUUUAUAUACAAGCUGUAUGGAAAGCAGAUUAAAUUACGAUGAAAAUAUGGCUGAAUAUGAAAAGCAAUUGCAACGUUACCAAAAUACGCUUAAUAUGGCCCAGUUAGAGAAGAAAAAUGCUAUCAGGAAACAAAUGCUUGCUAAGGCUUUCAACUUAAAGAUUCUGGAAGUUGAAAAUCAAUGUAAUAUUGAAUUGCUUCGUGUAAAACAAAGUCUCCAAUGCUUAGAGCCAUUACGAAUGAUAGCCAAUAAAUGGAAAACGAAUGUUGAUGAUUCCUCUGAUUUAAACACUUUUGAACUCAUUCCUAGAUAUCCAGAGCUAAAGUCUAACGAUGUAGUUGAUGCUAACAGAACUGUGUGCGUCGAUAUGGAAAAGAAACUCACACUUGAAAAUUUUAAAAAUAACUUGGAAGAUGUUGAUAUUCUUAAUUCUCUAGAUAGUUGA